AUCCCGCGUCACGCUUACUCAUUCUGAAAGUGAAAGUAACCGGAGCAACCACCCGACUCCAUGUCCAGACGGCAGUUCAACGACUUUCACACCACCAGAGACGUCGCCUUGUCGAGGAGCGUGUACGGUAAAUGAACAUGGCCUCAAAUGGUAUCCUCCUUAUUUUCACUGUCAUCUGUAUCAACAUGGGAUGCAAUGCAAAGGAAGCUUUCAUAAAGGUGGAGUGCAAGGCUGAAAAUCUGGGUCAGUAUGGCCAGCAGUCACUCCUGGAGUGUGUCGUCCAAACCUCGCAAGCCGCAGCAAACGCAGAAAUCAGGGUGGUCACCUGGAGCAAAGAUGACGGUACCUUGUUGGUUUUUCACGACGGGGAUACGACAUCAAGGCCAGGCUAUUCGUUUGCUGAGCCAUCCUGGAAUGACAAGAACAUGAACGUAUCCCUGCUCAUCGCCAACACUGCUGUAGAGCAUGAGGGAGUUUAUAAAUGUACAGUGGUGACAGACAGUGGUGAUGGCUCUAACGUCACAAACCUUAAAGUUACAGCCAAGUACAACAAACCAACUAUACGCUCCGACCCUGAGAAGUUACAUCCAAAUACAGCUGGUACCUUGAUCUGCAAUUCCAAUGGCGGCUACCCUCAAGGUGAAAUCCGCUGGAUUGUAGGGGAUGACACGGACUGGACGAAAAGCGCUGAAAUGGAAGCAAAGCCGACAGACAGUGGUCUGAUUAGCCUCUCCAGCAAGCUGACUUUACUGGAAAAAUCCACUUUCCACAAAUACACCUGUGUAGUGUUCAACGCCAGUGGAGGCAAAGAGGAAGAGGUCGAAUUUGAAUUUGGAAUACUAAACUCAUCUAUACAAGAUCAAGAUCGUCAGUCUGAGAAAUCAGUGGGUAUGCCCACUAAAAUAGCCGCUCCCGCCGUGGUCAUUGGAUCGCUGAUCGUCGGAUUGCUGUUGGCGCUGCUGAUUCACAAAAAAAGGAGUCAACUGGCCCGGAGGUUCUCUACAACACCCCUUAUGAGUGGGAAUCACAUGGUCCCAACAUCAAUUGUUGAAGAAGGUGAUCAUCUUUCCUUGGAGGAUGGAAAUCUCCGCAUCGUCUGAGACACUGCACAUCACAUGACACGCUUACUUACUGGCAACCUCAGAAAUCAGCACUUCCUUGUUUGCUAAUCUCCAUUUUGUUGUCGCACUGUCCCUUAUACAAAGAGAGGUACUAUGAAGCACUUUUUUUUACCUUGGCAUAAGAAGAAAUCACUCGUAAAUCAAGUAUAAAUGGAAAGAAAGAACAUGACUGAUUUUGAAUCAGUGAGGGACAACUAGCCUUACACUCUGUGAACCACAUCAGGAAAAAAGUGUAACAUCUUUGAAAAACAACUUGAUUCAUUCACAGUUAAAUUAUGUUUUUUUGGUUGUCGCAGGAAUUAUUCAGUUCAAUUGUGCCCAUGCAGUAACUGUAGCCUUUGGCAGUAGUGGCUUUCCUUCUCACUUCCUUUUUGUUAUAUUAUUAUAUAUCUUUAGAAUAGGGGCAUGGAGGUGUGUGUGUGUGUGUGUGUGUGUGUGUGUGUGAGAGAGAGUCAGUCAGUUUUCAAUGGAAAUGUAACCCAUAAUGCUUGUUUAGUAGUCUGAUUGUUCAGAUUUUAAUUAUUUUGGUAUUUUUUCACAUUCCACAUCGUGAUAAGUUUUGUGAAAGAGUUUGAAGACAAGAUGACUUAUACUUUUAUAUAUUUUUUUACCUUCAAUAAAUUCCAUGAAAAGACCAAUGUACAGAUCCAGGCCUAUUCGAAGAGUUGCUUCAGUCAUUACCUUAAACAGCUGGACAUGAGCUUGUAGCAAAUGUUUGUCGGGAGUAAAUAGUGUGGUUUUUUUUUUUAGCUAUUUUCAGCCCCGGAUUGUUAAGCAUUUGUUGCGCUAGUUAGUAUUUUUGGCACCAGGUGGGAAUGACUCAAAAUAUACAUGUUUAAAGCUGGAGUGCAGAACCUCUGGCAGGUAAUUAGACAAAGCAUUGUGAAUAUAAUGACUUAGUGGGUAAAGACAAAUAAAAGAAAAGGUUGUUAAAUCUGAUAAGUUCAGAAAAUUACAUCACUUUCAUAUAAUGCAGCUGAUAGUUUAGACCAUCUUCUAGUCACUGAGCUGAUGAAUAGAUUAAAGAAGUAAUCUAGCUCAACAGGUGACACUGAAUGAUUGAUAAGAUUGCAUGUAUUAUUUUUUUAUUGUGGAGCUAUCAAUCAGAGCAGUGUGUUGCAAUGUCUGGAAAAAUGAAGCGUAGGCAGUGCCAGUUUCCUGGGGGAAACCCUGAACUCCAAUGAACAGAAUGAACAGAGGAAUAAGCUAUAUCAAAGCCAAUAUAAAUUAGUAGAUUAGUUGUUGUUGUUUUUUGUCUUUUCAUGUGAUUUGUAGAAAAUAAAAAAAUAUUGGAUAUCGCAAGCAUUUUAGCUUAAGUAUCAUUGUGCUGAAGUUUCUCGUGGUCGGAAACACUUUGUUUCUGUUCAUGGAAAUAAUUAAAUCCAUUCGUUACUUUAAGUCCGGUGCUACCCCGCACUAACUGAGAACAUUCAACCUCUGCAAAUUUCAUAUCCUUAUUCUAACCACCAAGAAAGUUCACUAGUAUAAAUGCUGCUUGCACUUCCACAUGUCACAUGCUCUUCACUUGUCACUUACUUGACACUGUGUGGUGUCUAAUAGCCAAAGAAAACAUGUUUGUGUUCC